GCGAGCGGGCGCGAGAGCGGCCUGGUCCACAGGAGGCACCAGACUAUUUGAAAGACGCGGCCUUGCGCCGGGGCUUCUUUCGACCCACCUUCCACCCUGGUCCCGGGAGGCUACAAUGGAGGGGGCGACGGAAGCGGCAACGAGGCAGAGGAGGCGGCGGCGGCUCAGAGGCCCAAGAAAAUGUCUGGUAACAAUGAUUGGUUUCAGAGUUCCCAGGUUCCUAGCUUUGCUCAGAUGUUGAAAAAGAACUUGCCAGUUCAACCUUCUAUAGCAACAGUGAAUCCUCCUCCAGGACAUUCAUCAUCAGAGAGUUACAGUGUGUCAAAUUUAGCUUCUAAGGUUACACAAGUCACAGGUAACUUUCCAGAACCACAGCUUUCCAAAGUAGUCCUACCUAAUCCAAAUACUAUCCUCCCUCCCAAGAAGAUUCCCAAGGAAUUCAUUUUAAAGUACAAACGUGGGGAGAUAAAUCCAGUGUCAGCCCUGCAUCAGUUUGCACAAAUGCAGCGUGUGCAACUUGACCUUAAGGAAACUGUAAAAACAGGUAAUGUUAUGGGUCCUUAUUUUGCUUUCUGUGCCGUGGUGGAUGGUAUUCAAUAUAAAACUGGACUGGGACAAAAUAAAAAGGAGUCUAGAUCCAAUGCAGCCAAGCUAGCCCUUGACGAGCUUUUGCAGUUGGAUGAUCCUGAACCAAGGAAUGUAGAAACAUCAGCUCUCUAGGCUUGACCAUUUUGGCUUCAAGACUUAAUGAACCCUCUUGGACAGAGCUCCCAAAGUGACUAUGUUUUCUCCUCCCUGAAUGAUUCCAUAUUUAUCUGUCCCAUAUUGACCUGAUUCUCCAAAAUGGUGAUACCAUGAGCUAUGAGGAACAAUACCAGAGAAAUAGAAAUUGGAGAGAAUCAACCAGAAAGCUUUGGCUGUAAGAUGCACCAAAAACUGUGUGGAAAAAAAGCCCCAAAACUUAAGUUAGCUGCAAAGUAGGCCUAGCUGUUGUCCUCUCCCCCAAAGACUUGUUGUAAUAAAUGAACAUUCACUUGUAUUACUAUUUUUCAUGUAUAUGUAGAUAUUUUUAUGAUUAAUAA